GUCGUCGGGCAGUAGCGUCGCAGUGUCGGCGGUGAACGAACGUGUGUCGUGUGUGUGCCACUGUGCUGUGUGACAUGCGCCUGGUGCUGCUUCUGGUGGCGGUGGUGGCGGCGGGGGGAGGUGCAAGAGCUGCUAGCUACUCGGUGCCUCCCGCCACGCUGGAAGCACUGUGGCCACGUGGCCUGCGAGUCUCCGUACCGGAUGAUGGCUUCACAUUAUUCGCGUUCCACGGCAAGCUCAACGAGGAGAUGGAGGGUUUGGAGGCGGGCCAGUGGUCGAGAGACAUCACCAAGCCCAAGAACGGCCGCUGGAUCUUCAGGGACCGGAACGCAAAGCUGAAUAUUGGAGACAAGAUCUACUUCUGGACUUACGUCAUUAAGGACGGGUUGGGUUACCGACAGGAUAAUGGGGAAUGGACUGUGACGGAAUACGUGACUGAGGAGGGCACCCCGGUGGACCCAGGCGCGGUGCCUCCCUCCCCGGCGACCAGCCCCCCCACUCCCACGGGUUCUGUUCAGCCUGUGCCCACCCCGGCUCCAUCAUGCAAGGUGUCGCAGACAGUGGUACACGGCCGCGGCAACAUCUGCACCGGCCAGCUGGUCUUCAGCGAGGAGUUUGAUAAGACGGAUGUCAAGGGUCUUACUAGCUGGGAUGCCGAAGUUAAAUUUCCUGAGCAACCGGACUAUCCGUUCAACUUGUACAUGGCGGAGGGCACACUGCGGUUGUCAGAGGGCGCGUUGGCCAUCUCUCCGAUCCUCACCGAGACCAAGUACCGCGAGGGCUUCCUCAACGAGGCCUUGGACCUCUCCAACAUAUGUACGGGCACUGUCGGGUCCACAGAGUGCAGUCGCGUCGCGUCGGGUGCACAGAUCCUGCCCCCUGUGAUCACCGGCAAGGUGACCACUCGCAACAAGUUCAACUUUAAGUUUGGCAAGAUCGAGAUACGAGCUAAGCUUCCUGCAGGAAAUUGGCUCAUUCCAGAAUUAAAUCUGGAAUCUCGAGACAAGGUGUAUGGCUCGGGCCGCUAUGAGUCCGGCAUCAUGCGCGUCGCCUUCGCCCGGGGGAACCCCAUCUUCGCCAAGAAAUUGUACGGCGGGCCCGUCCUCAGCGACGCAGAGCCCUACCGCACCUUCCUGCUGAAGGAGAAGAUCGGCAUUGACAACUGGAACAAAGACUUCCACAUCUAUACUCUAGUUUGGAAACCCACCGGUCUCGAGAUGUUCGUUGACGGCGAGUCUUACGGCUCCGUGAGUCCAGGCGAAGGGUUCUACAGCAGCGCCCGUGAAAACGCCGUGCCACACGCCGCCGCCUGGCUCAAGGGAACCGUCAUGGCGCCGUUGGACCAACUGUUCUACGUGAGCCUGGGUGUGCGAGUGGGAGGUGUGCACGACUUCCCGGACAGCCCGGACAAGCCCUGGAAGAACCGCAGCAGCAAGGCCAUGUUUAACUUCUGGAGCUCGCGGGACUCCUGGCACCCGACUUGGUUCUCACCAGAUCUGAACGUGGACUACGUGCGGGUGUACGCCCUAUGAGUGUUGCAAUAAAUGACUUUUAUACUA